AUGCCAAAUGGAGUCAUUAUUGAUGAAUUAGGAAGUAUUUGGAAAAUUACUUUAUGUGUUGUUUGGAUUAUUUGUUUAAUUAUUGGUAUAUUCUUUUCUUUUGGCCAAAUACUUGAAAUUGGAAUUAUAUCCAAUUCAACUACAUUCAAUGUUGGUUCUUCGUUUAAUGGAGAUGAUACUGUUGCUUUUGUUUCUUUUGUUGGUAAUGAAAAAAAGAUAGAAGGAAUUGUUGAUUCAUUCAAUGGUAUGAAUAUUGUUAAUAAAAUAAAAGAAGAUAAGACUGAUGAAAUUGAAAAUGAAUUGAGUUCUAUUGGAUUAAAGUCAUCUCUUAUUUCUUUAGAAGAGGAUGAAACUAGUUCUUCAUUAAGUGAAGGAGAUACAUAUUAUUUCUUUGAUGUAGAACUUUUAAUAAAAACAUACAACCAGUUUCAAGCAACAACUUGUAAGCCAUAUGUCAAAACUGAUUUAAACCAUCAAUCAGUAGAUAAAAUAACAAUUAGUGGAAAUGCUACUUUUUGGUGGCUAGAUCAUCCUGAGUUGAAUUCUUUUGAUAACAUUAAUAAACCAGUCAAAUUUGAAACACAAUGUUCAUUCACUGGUGGAGAGUGUAAUAGAUUUAGUUUUAUUUAUUUAAGAAAUGUCUUCAAUUCUUCAUAUACGUUUAUUUUCUUCUUUAAAGUUGGGUUUUAUAAUACUUUAGUAAUGGAUUCUAAAAGAGGAAUUCCAGGAUAUUCAUUAUUCAAAAUAUCAUUUGUUACUUUCCUUGUAAUUUUAUCAGUUAUAGCAACUAUACUUUAUUCUAUUUUAUAUUUCUUUAUGAAGUUAUAUAAAAAUGAUGAAGACCAUUUUUAUAUUAAUAGUUUUAUUAUGAUUAUCUUAUUAAAUUUUUAUAACAAUCCAUUCAAUAUUCUUCGAUUCUUCUUUAAUGCUGAUUGGAUAUCAUGCAUUGAUACUUGUAUAUAUACUAUAUAUCAAAUUGUUUUAAUUUCAUUUAUCUUUUUACAUAUCGACCAUUCGAGAAAUCAAGCAUUAGGAAAGAAGAAUAGUGUUUUAAUAUGGAUAUUAAGAGCAACAGGACUUCUUGCAUAUUUUGUAUUUUUCUUAUUGUAUUUCAUUUUAUAUUAUCUUCCAUCAAAUAAAUCACCAUUUUCUGUAGUUGAUGAUACUAUGUCUAUUGGUCUUAUGUUUGGUGCGUUAUCAACUUUUAUUUGUUUCUUAUUAUAUGGAUGGACAUUGAUUUAUAUGUUGUUUACUUAUUCUGAAAUACGAUCCCCUCUUUAUAAAAACAGAAUUUUUUGGUUUAGUAUUUUUACUAGUGUAGUUUUAAUAGUUACUCUUCUUCACUUGAUUUUUGGUCAAGACAUGAAUUAUUUACCUCCUAUUUCUAUGAUUUGUAGACAGUUAUUGUGUAAUUUGUAUGUUUACACAUUAACAUUUAUUUUCUUUCCAAAAGAAAUUUCUAAUGAUGACGAAUAUGGUAUAACUGCUUAUACACAAUUUUAA